AUGUGGAGCAAGGAUGCUGUGGCUCGUGCUCGUACUCGUACCUACUCGUACCUACUCGUGCGUGCCAAUUGGUUGAAGCCGCAAUGCAUCCAGCGGCGGAGGUUGUUGACCCUCGCCAUCGAGACCUCCUGUGAUGAUACCAGCGUCGCCGUCCUUGCUACGGGCAAAAACGGUUACGCUGAUCUGCUCUUCCAUGAAAGAAUCACUUCCGACAACCGAGCGUACGGGGGUGUUCACCCUAUUGCUGCUCACGAAUCCCACCAGAAGAAUCUCUCCUCGCUGAUCCGCCAGGCUCUGCAGAAGCUCCCUCGAUUUACGAAAAAGGGCCUUCUCAGAAAUUCUCUGGUGGUCGAUCACGAAGGGAAAGAAGGAACUGUCGUCAGACAGAAGCCUGACUUCAUCACUGUCACUCGAGGGCCUGGCAUGCGCGCGAGUCUUUUGACUGGCAUCGACACGGCCAAGGGGUUGGCCGUAGCAUGGCAGAUACCUCUCUUAGGCGUCAAUCAUAUGCAGGCACAUGCACUGACCGCGCGAUUCGUCGCUGCUACCCAGACAACUUCCCCAAAUACCGUACCAGUAUACAGUCCAGCGUUUCCAUUCCUCACGCUGCUGGUCUCUGGCGGCCAUACAAUGCUAGUACACUCGAAGGCUCUAUGUAUCCACGAGAUCUUAGCCAAUACGACAGAUAUCGCUAUUGGAGACAUGAUUGACAAGUGCGCGAGGGAUAUUUUGCCUAAUUCGGUUCUUGACGGCGCCAAAGAUGUCAUGUACGGAGUGCUGCUCGAGAAAUUUGCAUUUCCCUACGAUCCGAAAAACGGCCAGGGAUAUAAGUACUCUCCGCCGAAAUCGUUCACCAGCCCGCGGCUUGCUAGAGAGCAUGGCUACGAUUGGGCAAUCAACCCGCCAUAUUCGACGCCGGGCCCUACUGGGCCCAUAAAGUACGCAGAUUGCUUCACCUACUCCGGUAUUGGAAGUUUCGCGAAGUACCUCGUAGGCCAACGUCCCAACAUGGACGAUAGAGAGCGACGAGCUCUUGCCGAACUCACCAUGACAGUAGCAUUCGAGCAUCUUGCGUCUCGGGUACUCUUUGCGCUCGAAAGGCCUGAGAUGGAAGGUGUCGCUCAGCUGGUUGUCUCGGGCGGAGUGGCAAGUAAUCAGUUCCUCAAAGCAAUACUGAGAACAAUCUUGGAUGCAAAGGGCUACGAGAAAGUGAGGUUGGUGUUCCCGCCACCAAAGUUCUGUACGGAUAACGCGGCGAUGAUUGCAUGGACUGGUAUCGAGAUGUACGAGGCGGGAUGGAGGACAAGUCUGGAAGCGACUGCCGUGAAAAAAUGGGCCAUCGACCCGAAAGCUGAUGAUGGAGGGAUACUGGGCGUCGAUGGCUGGGAGAAAGUUGAAUCUGUACCCGUGGAAGUAAACACCUAA